AUGCCUCCCCAGCCAAUUCCCGGGAUUACGGAGCCCAUGUUUCUUUGCGAAGAUAACAUUUACGACCUGGUUUCUUCCUACAUCCCAGAAUCGACAAUUACCAAAGACAAGCUCUGGCACUGGAUGAGUAAGAACGGCUCAUGGGGUAUGUACCGUGAUUUUACAUGGGACGAUAUAUCAAACAUCCACCAAUACCGAUCCUUCGUGCGUAGUACUGCCUCGCGCGUCUGUACAGUCGGAUACGUCCGAAAGUCAAGAACAAGAGAA